CUUCCGUUUCGGUGGUGCUGCGCGCGUUCGAUGGCCGUUGGCUGAGGAUGAAUUCCCGGGACUAGUCUGGAAUCAAGGGUCUCGAGGAGAGGAGAGAAUUUGUCUGAAGAAGAGAGCAGUGUUUGCACAGGACGGAGUCUUGGCCCUAAAAGGAAUAAAGCCGCCAUGCCUCGAGGUCAGAAGAGUAAGCUCCGUGCACGGGAGAAACGCCGGCAGGCCCGAGAGGAGACCCAGGAUCUUGAGAGUGCUCAGACCCCUGCAGCAGAGGAAGAAGAGUCCCCUUGCUGUUCCUCUUCUCUCCUAGAGGGUGCUGCCCCGAGGUCUGCUGCUGGCUCUCCCCAAGAGCCUGAGAGUGCCCCACCCAGCACCACUGCUGCUGCUGCAGGUGAUUCCUACAAAAAAUCUAAUAAAGGUGCUAAGAGGCAAAGUAAGAAAAAUGCAAGUUCCUCUGAGGCCCCAUCCUCCACUGAGAGCUCCCCAAAUGAUCUUCUAGCCAGAAAGGCAGGAAUAUUUACACAGUUUCUGCUAGAGAAGUAUAAAAUGCAAGCACCCAUUAGGAAGGCAGACAUGCUGAAGCUUCUCAACAAAACGCACAGGGAGCAUUUCCCUGAGAUCCUCAAGAGAGCCUCUGAGCACAUAGAGCUAGUCUUUGGCUUUGACUUGAAGGAGGCCGACCCCAGAGGUCAGUCUUAUACCCUUGUUAGCAAGCUAGACCUCGCUAGCGAUGGGAGUGUGAGCAGUAAUUUGGGCUUUCCCAAAAAUGGGCUUUUGAUGCCUCUCCUGGGUGUGAUCUUCUUAAAUGGCAGUUACAUCGCUGAGGAGGAGAUGUGGGAAUUCCUGAAUAUUUUGGGGGUCUAUGAUGGCAAGAAGCAUGUAAUCUUUGGGGAGCCCCGAAAGCUCAUUACUGAAGAUCUGGUGCAGGAGCAGUACUUGGAGUACCGCCAGGUGCCCAACAGUCAUCCCCCACGCUAUCAGUUCCUGUGGGGUCCCAGAGCCCAUGCUGAAAUCAGCAAGAUGAGAGUCCUGGAGUUUUUGGCCAAGGUCCAUGAAACAGUCCCUAGUGCCUUCCCACUCCAUUAUGAAGAGGCUUUAAGAGAUGAGGAAGAGAGAGCCCAAAGCAUUCAUUUCGCUGGGCUCGGCAUCACUGCCGUGGCCAUCACAAGUUCUGAGCCCAUGCCUGGAAGCUCCUCCCACCCCUAA